AUGGUGGACGAGAUACUCUUAAAACAGUAUUAACAGUAUAACAACUGAGGCGAAGCAUCCUUGGUGGUGAAUUAUCACGGAAUGAAGCUCUCAUUAACCGAAUUUUGAUCGGUAUGGCUCUUUAUUUCAAAAGGACAUUAUGUUCAAUAUUAUAAUUGGCAGAACGUGGUAAAAGACAAUCGUUGCCACGAAACGAUUGUAACCGUGAAUCUCAGAGCUGCUGUAGUUCCCUUGGUAACUAGUUCAACCUUUCAUAGAAUGCUUUUUCAACCAUUCGGCGUAGAAAAAGAGCAGCUUACGAACAAGUGUUGUAAAUGGAAAUCAUGUUGAUGUGUAAUUUGGAGUGACAAGGCUGAUUUGACUCACGCAAAAUGAAAGCAAUUUAUCACGUACGAACUGCACUGGAACGUUUGUGGAAACGAAAAAUGGUGAAAGUUGGAGUCGUUUUGUUCCUAGUAUUUGAAUUCGUAGUAUUUGUUAGAUUUGAUAAAUUAACCACAUUAUUCAACGAAAGAAACAAAACGGCAGUUGCACAAGAAAAUUCGACCGGUUUGCAGAUGACAAUAUCGAUUAAAGAAUCUCCCAAAGCGCACAUGUCAGGUUUCUUAAAUUUGCAUUUGUGGUCAGAUACUUGUGCGAAAAACUUAGACAUUUUGUGUAAUUUUCCUAUGUUUCCAAGAGCUCCAGCUCAAAGACUUGCGCUGAAAAAAACGGUAAUUACGGGCAACUUGACACAGGCGAAGGAAAUGAGGUUGUUUGGGUAUAUAAACCCGAACGAAUCUGGCUUGUUUCUUUUCAUGGUUAAAUUUUGCACUGCUGAAGUGCAUCUUGGCUACCACAAGAACUGGAAAGAAGCAAUGAAGAUCAUAUCCUUAGAUGCUGGAAAAUUUCCUGAAAACAAGUCAGACUCUCAAGUUUCCUCAGCAAUUGAUCUGGUAGCUGGAGAGAAAUAUUUCAUAGACAUAGUUGCCAUUUGUGUUCACAGCAUUAACAAGUUACAACUUUUGUGGAAAACUCCAAGUAGCUCUGGUUUUGAAAUCAUAAACUCAACAUUUUUAUUCCCAAACGUGGAUGACAGCAGCUCAUUUAAUUUGAAUUUUUACGAUGAACACAUACCAGAUUCUCAAGCCUGUGCUCUGAGAAGGAAUGAAGCAAUUUAUUUUAAAUUGCCAAGUCAAAUGAGUCACUUAUCACAUGAGCAAGUGAAAAAUAUCUUACCGUAUUGUGAGUAUAAACCAAGUUACAAUUUGAAUCGCAGAGUAUCAGGAUAUGAAGCUGUGACAUAUCAUGUUGUUCAUUCAUUUAUAUACCCAUUUCCUGAACAUGAACAACUUAGAGACCAAAAAAACUGGAUUUAUGCACUUGGAGAAAAUGAGACAAAAGAGGUUGUUUACACCUUCAAGGAGGCGCUUUGCAGUAAAGAACCAAGGAGGUUUGAACUGAUGAAAAUAAGAAAUGUGGAAAGAAAGACAGAUCCAAAAAGAGGCGACCGAUAUCUGAUCGAAGUUGAGCUGCUUGAUCUAAUAAGCAGCACCAAAGUGAUGUUAUCUGAAUAUGUGUUCAUGGCCAAAGGAGAAAAGAAACUUUGUUACCCAACGGGAUUUCAGUGGAACAGAACGGUCGAUGUUUAUCUGGUGGCAACAGCAAAAAAUCUUGGAAGAUGGCUGCAUCAUUUUAUUAAAAACGUCGAGAAGAUUAUACAUGAAACGAACGAUCAAAAUCUUCAUGUUGUGAUUUACGAUUACAACAGCUCUGACAUCAACUUGGAAAAGGUUUUAAAGGACUGUUCUCUGACAAAUUACAUGUUCAGAAGAGAGAGUGGGAAAUAUUCGCGGACGCAUUCCUUUACUGAGGCGAUAAAACUCGUAUCAAACCCGCACAGUAUUAUUGUCAUGGUGGAUCUUCAUCUCCAUAUCGCUGCGCCAUUUAUCAACAGCGUUCGAAAACAUUGUAUCGAAGGUCGUAUGGUUUACACGCCGAUCAUUGUUCAAAUGGCCUGCGGUUCUAAUCCGGCAAACUUGGUCGGACUGUGGCAAGUGUAUGGUUAUGGGAUAAUAGGAUUAUACAAGUCGGACUGGGACCGAGCCGGGGGAUUCGGGAUGAAUAAAAACACCUGGGGAGGAGAGGACUGGAUACUAAUGGACCAGCUUGUCAGUGUAGGACUGGAGUUUGAACGCAUGCGUACUCCUUAUGUAUACCAUUAUUACCAUUCAAAGAAGGGACUGUGGUGAUUCAAGGUCUUGUUCAAAUUUUUUAGAGCAAUUAUAAGUUGUUUAAAAGAAUGAUAACGCGUCAUCACUAAGUGUUGACUAAUCGCUGGAGUCCUGUGGUCAGGGAAUAAAGAUGUGCUGUGCAAUUAAUUUUUCCGGUCGUUAGUACGACGAUUAUACGACGAUUAUAAGAAUAAAACAGUAACUACGGAUCUAUCUUCUAAAGAUUACGACGCGAAACUAUUCGCACCAUCCACUGGCUAUCACGGCCUACCUUUAUUUAUUAAUACAACUACCGUGAACGACUAAAACUUACUUUAGAUAUUGCGAACGCAUUUCGAAAGGGUGCAACAGAAAACGGUAGACGUACUUGUAAGAAAUUCAGUGCAGGAAAGCUACGGGAACGCACAAGGAACUUGGAAGAAAAGUACUACGGGUAUGAUACGGAGAUGAAACAAGGGGAUCAAGAGCAAGCGCUCUGGAAAACAUUCAGGUCCGAGGUCUAACCCAAACCGCGGUUUUACGCAAGCAGUGGGCCUUACUUAUUCUCUAUAAGAUGGUUUCUCUUUUUAAUAAAAUAAAUGUCCUUCUACGGCUAGCUUUCGGCCCUGUUGACACUGUUCACGAAAAUGAAUGUUCAGAUAAAAGAUUCAGCCAAA